AUGAUGAUGCAAUUGACUCUACUCUGCUAUUAUAAGAAAAGUGCUUUUAAUAGUACAACUAACAAUUAAGACGCCAAUUAAAGAGAAGAGCCAAUCGAUAGUAAUAGAGAUGAAUUAUCAAGUGUUCUAAGUGUUUCAUCUGAGAUUAAUAAUGAUCAAACCGAAAUCUUAAAACAAAAAAUGGCAUAAACAUUUAGUAAAUAAGAAUUUAUUCUCGGUCCUAAGUAAAAAGAGAGCGGAAAAAAGAACCCAAAAACCUAAAAAUUCUUGCAUAUUUGGCAAUACAUCAUGAAUAAAUAGUUCCAAUCAGAGCAAAUAUAAGAUAGCGAAGAUGAUUAGCACAAUUCAGAAGGAGAAUUUUUCAAAUUUAAACAAAUUUAGUAGGGGUAAAAAACCUCAAAAACAUUGCAAGUCUUCUCUAAUUUAAUAAGUAAUGGCUAGAGAUAUUUUGUGGUAGCUACUAUCAGAGAUAUGUCUCUUUGGAUAGAAUUGCAAAAAUAGAAAAAUCUAACUUUAGCUAAAACUCAGGCAUUCGCUUAGGCAGCUCAUGAAUUCAGAAAUCCACUUGGAGCGAUUAUUAAUUCUUUGGAUUUAUUGCAUGACUCAGUAGAUUUUAAAACAGGCCAUUCAUUUUAUGAAACAGCCAAGAACUGUUCUAAUUUACUCCUUUAUCUUAUCAACGAUGUCCUAGAUUAUAGCCAGUUAGAGUCUUCAAAGUUAAUGCUGAAUAUUGAAGCAACUAAUCUCAGAUAAAUUGUACAAGAAUGCAUUAAUGUUUUGAAGUUUAGAGCAGAUAUCAAAGGCUUAUAACUAAACUCUCAAUUCUCCUUUGACUUUCCUUAAGUUAUUUAUUCAGAUGAGAACAGAGUCAGAUAGAUACUUAUCAAUCUAAUAUCUAAUGCUAUUAAGUAUACAAAUAAAGGGUUUGUAUAAGUAUAAUGUUCGAUAAAUUCAAUUCAAGACAGCAUAUUUAUUGCAGUAGAAGAUUCAGGAGUAGGUAUUGAAGAAUAAUACCGAGGAUAGUUAUUUGAAGCCUAUACAAAGACUAAGAAAAAUAGAUCAAUGAAUAAGUUAGGAUGUGGAUUAGGAUUGACUAUUAGCAAAAAAUUUGCUUAAGCUUUGCAUGGUGAUCUAACUCUGGAAUCAGAGGUAAAUGUAGGCUCAAAAUUUAUUCUCACCCUUCCUCAUCGAAAAUCUCUUUUAAAAUAACGUAGCAACAUAUCCUUUGAACAGAAGGAGAGAAUUCUUAUCUUUCCAAGGAGUUCUAGGAUUUAAUUACUUAAUGGUCCUAAAUAUAAAACAAUAGAUCAAAGAAUUACUUUUAGUAAUUUUGAAUAGAGAUAAAACUUUAGCUUUAUAAAACAAAAUAUUGAUCAGCCUCAAAUAAUGUCACUAAAUAGCUAUAGAUAAUAAUCCUCCGAGGAUGAUUCUUUUGUUUACUCACAUAAUCAUGAGAUUGAAAUGAACAUUGAGAUUUAUAAUAAAAUGGGAAACAAAAAUGGAAAUUUACAGAAUAAGGAUAAUGUGCAAAUGAGUAUAUUGUAAGAGUCUUAAAUUUUACUCAUUGAUGAAGAGGAGGAGGAGCCUUGCUAUAUUAAUAGAUCACUAGGCUAUAAUUCACCACUCAAUGAUAGUAUAAAGCAAAAAUAAAAAUAAAAAUCCAUUUUUAAAGAACCUUUAUAACUAACAGGAUGCUAAUGCUCUCAAAUUCUGAUUGUUGACGAUGAUCCUUUUAAUAUAAUAGUUCAUGCAGGCAUUUUAAGCCAACUUGGAAUAAAACAAGUUAGUAAAGCAUUCAAUGGCUAAGAUGGCCUUGAAAAAAUAAUUGAGAACUUCAGUCAACUUAGAGAUUAUUAAGAUAUCGAAUCUAAUGGUUUUAUAUGCUUAAAUCAUCAACCAUUUAAAUUGCUUUUGUUCGAUAAUCAAAUGCCAAUUAUGACUGGUUUUGAGUUAGGCAAAGAAAUAAGAGAAAGAUAUAGUGAUGUUAUUUAAAAGUAUGAAAUCAAAAUAGUCAUGAUUUCUGGAGACUUUGAUGUUAAUCACAAUCAACUCUACAAAGACAUUUUUGACUAUAUUUUGCAGAAGCCAAUAAGCUAGCAAAUGUUUAAAACGCUCUUGAAUCAGAUUUAGAAUUGA